CUCCUGUCUCUCUCUCUCUCUUUUUUCAAGUUUGUCAGUUACUUUACUCCGUUCAUCUUUUGCUUACUUUUCUUCGAUUCUCAUCAAUACAAAUCGACAGGUAUAUAUUUAUAAGGUGGUCUUGUGCAGAGGUUACAUGCAUUGUAUUGAAAAACCAAAGUUUACUUCCCGAGAAACUUUUUGAUAAUCAAGAAAGAUCGUUUCUACUCCUCUCUCUCUCUCUCUCUCUCUCUCUCUCUCUCUCUCUCUCUCUCUCUUAUUCAAAGCUUGAAGCUUUUCUUCUGUUAUCUCGGCGGGGAAAAAGAUGGCGAUACAAGCGCAGUUGAGUUACAACGCGAACCAAAUCGGGUCAGAGUUUUCGUUGAUCAACAGCAAUAGCAGAAUCGGGAUGGAUGAGUUGUAUAUGAAAAAUAACAAUCUCCAGACGCAGAAAGCUCUCAGCCAACAUGCUCUGUUUCAUCACCAACACCAACAGUCUCGUUCUCAGAGCGUUUUAGACGUUCACAUGGAGAAACAGAGGCAAGAGAUCGACCAGUUCAUCAGAAUACAGAGCGAGAGGUUGAGAUACGUAUUGCAAGAACAGAGCAAGCAAGAGACAGAGACGUUGCUGAGGCAAAUGGAAGCGAAAGCUUUGGUUUUGAUGGCGCACAAGGAAGAAGAGAUGUCGAAAGCGUUGAGCAAGAACAUGGAGCUCGAGGAUCUGCUGAGGAGAAUGGAGACGGAGAACCAAACGUGGCAGAGGAUGGCUCGCGAGAACGAAGCGAUGGUCGCGGCGCUUAACUCGACGCUAGAACAGGUCCGAGAGAGAGCCGUGACGUGUCACGACGACGAAACGGCGGAGGACGAAGGGUCGUGCUGCGGAGGAGAUGAUAGUUUUCCGGCGAAGAAGAGUUCUUGCUUGAACUGUGGGUCAAAUGGAGAGACGAGAGUGCUGUUUCUGCCGUGUAGGCAUCUCUGUUGCUGCACGAGUUGCGAGGCUGGCCUUGUUCUUUGUCCCAUCUGUAGCACUCCCAAGAAGAACAGUAUCGAGGCCUUGAUUUUCUAGGGGAAGUGAAACUGGUUUCCCGAGAAAAUUGGUGUGAUCGGUGGAGAAGCCUUUUUAGUCCGGUGAACGGAGAGGUUUUUUACACCGGGGAGCUGACGUGGCAGGAUAGUAUGGUGCUUUUUCUAGAAGUUUAGGGGGGUAAAAUGGAAAGUUAGAUUAGGAGGGAAUUUAAGAAUUAGGAAAAGGUUUAUCAAGAAGUAAAUUUCUGAUUAGGGUUUAUUUUUUUCUUUUGUUUGUUUGUUGAUUUGUUUCUUUUGCGUCCAAUGGAAAUAUGGAAUCCAGCUGGAUUUUGAUGAACAUAAUCCAUAUAUUUUCCUUCUAUAUAUAAUGAAUUGUUGAAUUCAACUC